AUGAAAGGUCCAAAAAGUACAAAAAGUAUAAAAGAUAUAAAAGGUAUAAAAGAUACAAAAGAUAUAAAAGGUAUAAAAGGUAUAAAAAGUAUAAAAGGUAUAAAAGGUAUAAAAGAUAUAAAAG